AUGGAUAAUAAAGCCUUAAACCAGGGGCCGAGGCGUACACCUGCGAAUGCGGCGCGGCAAAAUUUGCUAAGUCCUAUCGUCCAGAGCGCCCACGGCGAGCGCAUCCACGGCGCGCCACCCCCGCCGCCAGCGUCCGCCACUCGUCCGCUGUCGUUCAAGCCGGCCACUCGUCCGCCGGUGUCCAAGCUCGCCCUCCGCCCGCCGUCCGCACCCAUGUCUCGACCAAGUAGCAGCCUUGCAUUCUCUACCAGUAUCCGCACGCGCGCCGCCGCCCGCCGCGAGUCCGCUGCCAUAGAAUCUGCGCUCGCCGAGUCCGCCGCCCUACCACGCUCCCCCGGCGUCUCUGCCGCGGAACCAACUCAGGAGAAUAAGAAGACGAAGAAGAAGACUCGGCGCGCCCGUCGCCGUACCGCAGCCACCUCCGCCGCCGACCGCAACGACGACGUCGACGAAGCCCACACCACCACCAAUCUCAGCUCCACCACCGACGCCAACGCUGCCAGCGAGCCUCCCGACAAUGCGGGCAUCUCACCACCACCGCCGCACAGGACGCGACCCACCCUAUCCGCCCGCCACAUCCUCGCCCAACUCCUCGCCCGCCUUCCCGCCCACCCGAGCGCCAUCCACGCCCACCUCGCCGCUCCCCUCUCAUCAUCCGUGUGGGACCCGUCCACCACCGCCGACCCACCACGGUACCUGCGCAUCCGCCCGCUCUUCGACGACGCGAGGGCCGGUCACUUCGGUAACGUUGGCCGCGAUCUCGAGGCACGAGAACGGGAUGGUGACCAGGACCGGAGCCAGUCCCCAACCCGACUCGAGAAAAAGGAAGGAAAGGGAAAGAAGAAGGAGAAGAAGGAGAUUGGAGCGGACACGAAGAACGAGCUCGACGACGAGAAGACGAAGGAGCAGCAGCGGCGGCGGAGGAGAGCGCAGAAGAAGCGCCGCGACGACGUCCUGCGCAAGACGCUCGCCCGCGUCGUUGCCGACACGCGCGACGGCUGCGACGCCUUGGCGAAUGCGGGAUACUUUUUGCAGGUGUUGGAGGAGGUCGCGGAACAGCGUGCGCGGGUGGGUGUGACGGUGAUGGCGGGGGGUGUCGGUGGUGCAGGUGACGACGAUGAGGAUGGUGGUACGAGUGAUGGUUUGGACGACUUGCCGUGGUUUGUUGAGGAGGUGUUCAAGAUUGUUGUUAUACUGGUUAGUUGGCAAAGGGAGUUGGAGCCGCGAGGGGGUGGGGAGGAAAAGGAAGAUGAGGGAUGUGUUAUGUCGACGAGGCAGGUGGUGCGGCUUGUGGAGGGGGAGAUUGAGCAGGCGGUGAAGGAGGUUGAAGGGCCGGCUUGCUGA